AUGGAGAAGAGGCUUUAUAACGCAUGUUUGGAAGGCAGCAAGAGUUCGUUGUUGAAUUUGCUUCAAGAGGAUGCACUUCUUCUUGACAGAUUCAUCACUGGACGUUACCCUGAAACCCCUCUACACGUUGCUUCCAUGCUCGGCCAUCUCGAAUUCGUCGAUGAAAUUCUUACUCGUAAGCCUGAGCUAGCCAAAGAAGUCGAUUCCCGCAAGUCAUCGCCGCUUCACUUAGCCGCAGCAAAAGGGCACCUGCAAGUUGCGAAAAGCUUACUGCAGGUUGACCCUGAUAUGUGUCUUGUUUGUGAUGUUGAUGGGAGGAACCCUAUUCAUAUUGCAGCCAUGAAGGGUCACCUUGGUUUGUUGAGAGAGCUGGUUGAUGCCAGACCUUGGGCAGCUCGAGUGCUAAUGGAGCAAGGUGAGACAGUUUUACAUGCAUGCGUGAGGUGCAACCAGUUGGACGCAUUGCGAUUGUUGGUGGAAAGAGUUUCAGAUCACGAGUUCUUGAAUUCUAAGAAUGACGACGGUAACACCAUCUUGCAUCUGGCAAUAGCUGCUAAACAAACACAGACCAUAAACUUUCUAAUUUCUAACACAACAGUAGACGUGAAUUGUGAGAAUGAAGAUGGUUUCACAGCACUUGAUCUUUUAUCACAAAACCAAAGAGAUAUGAAGGAGGUUGUGGAGUCACUUCAAAGGAUGGGAGCUACUCGUGCGAAAUACAAGCCUUUGUCAAAUCGUGAACUCAGAGCAACAAGAACGAAGAUCUUAUUGUCCACGCAGGAUCAAUCAAAUGGGAUAUCGAAACCAAAGAGAAGGGAAAAUGGGAAGAAGUCUGUUAAAAAAGCUUGGGUGGAAAAACAAUAUAAGACCCUGAUGGUAGUGGCUAUCUUGCUAGCGACCAUGGCAUUCCAAGCGGGAAUCAAUCCUCCUAGUGGUGUUUGGCAAGAAAAUGGAAAGAGUGAAGUUUCAGACGUAACGUCUCAUAAUGCAGGAUACUCCAUAUUGGCAUAUAAUCGUCCAAGCCUAUAUGACAAAUUCGUCAAAUUUAAUACAUUUGGUUUCCUGGCAUCACUAAGCAUCAUCUUGCUGCUUAUAAGUGGAUUACCAUUGAAGUAUGAAUUUUUUAUGUGGGUUUUAAUGAUCACCAUGUGGGCUGCCGUUACUGCAAUGGCCUUGGCAUAUCUAGUAUGUCUCAUAGCUUUAACACCUGAUCAUCAAGAAUCUUUACUGAUCAUUACUGUACCAAUUACUACGCUGGUUUGGAUCGGCUUGCUCAUACUCUUAUUGGACACGAUCGACUCAUCUUCAGAUUGUUGA